UCAUCAUCUCUCAUCCUCCUCCUUUCCCUUUACUCUUUGUUUCACACAGUCUGCUUCUUUCUCUCUCUUCAAUGGCUUCUCUCUUCAGUAGAGAAAGAAUACUCGGCCAAUCCAAGAGAGACUCAAACGGCCCAGUCAUGAACGGAACAAACAGCUUACGCUACUCCUCCUCCUUCGCCGCCGCCGCCACCACCACCACCACUUUAGAUCCACUCCCAUCGCCAUUCGGUGACCUCACGCCAACUUUAUCCCCCACUGACCUCCGUGAAACAGCUUACGAGAUCUUCGUCGCAGCUUGUCGUACCUCUACAGGAAAACCCCUUACUUACAUUCCCAAUAACGCGUCAAGUUAUACUCCCGAUCGAUCUUCACAGUCGCCGUCACUGUCGGGCUCGCCAUCGCAGAGAUCGAUCACUUCUACUGCCGCGUCGAAGAUGAAGAAGGCGUUAGGCCUCCGAUCUAGUUCGAGCGCCGGUAGUCCUGGUUCGGCUGGCUCCGGUGCUGGGUCCGGCGGGAAGGUUAAGAAAACGGUGAUGACGGUUGGAGAGCUAAUGAGGAUUCAGAUGAGGAUUUCUGAGGCUGCCGAUUCCAGAGUUCGAAGGGCAUUGUUGAGAAUUUCUGCUGGCCAGGUUGGAAAACGAGUGGAGCUAAUGGUACUCCCUUUAGAGCUAUUACAACAAUUCAAAUCAUCAGAUUUCACCGACCAACAAGAAUACGCCACCUGGCAGAAACGAAACCUAAAAAUGUUAGAAGCCGGAUUACUUUUACACCCUCACAUCCCCCUUCCACCCUCAAACACAUCUUCUCAAAGACUAAAACAAAUCAUUCACAAUGCAUUAGAAAAGCCAAUUGAAACAGGAAGAAACAACGAGUCAAUGCAAGUCUUACGUAGUGCUGUAACAACCUUAUCCAACCGGUCAACCGAUGGUCAAACCGAAUCAUGUCAUUGGGCAGAUGGAUUCCCAUUAAAUCUCCGAAUCUAUGAGAUUCUUCUAGAAGCAAUCUUUGAUGGGAACGAUGAGUCAUCAAUCAUAGAAGAGGUUGAUGAGGUGGUGGAGCUUGUAAAGAAGACAUGGGGUAUUUUGGGAAUUAACCAAAUGCUUCAUAACAUAUGUUUCACUUGGAUUCUAUUUAAUCGGUUUGUGGGAAGUGGACAAAUGGAUAAUGAUUUGUUGUAUGCUGCUGAUUGUCAGUUAGUGGAAGUUGCAAAAGAUGCAAAGACUACAAAGGAUGCUAAUUAUGCUAAAAUAUUGAAUGAAACACUUAGUGAAAUAUUGGGGUGGGCUGAAAAAAGAUUGCUUGCAUAUCAUGAUACGUUUGAUAAAGGGAAUAUUAAUUCUAUGCAAAGUAUUGUUUCUUUAGGGGUUUCAGCUGCUAAAAUAUUGGUUGAAGAUAUUUCUAAUGAGUAUAGAAGAAGAAGGAAGAAUGAUGACGUGGCAAAAAGUAGGACGGAUACUUAUAUUAGGUCUUCACUUCGUACAGCUUUUGCUCAGAUAAUGGAGAAAGCAGAUUCAAUCAGAAGAGCAUCAAGAAACCAACCAAAUCCACUUCCAGUUCUUGCAAUCCUUGCAAAAGACAUAGGUGAAUUAGCCACAAAAGAAAAGAAAAUGUUCAGCCCAAUUUUAAAAAGAUGGCACCCUCUUGCAGCUGGUGUAGCUGUAGCCACUCUCCAUGUCUGCUAUGGAAACGAAUUAAAACAAUUCAUUUCAGGAAUUACCGAAUUAACCCCGGAUGCAGUUCAAGUCUUAAGAGCUGCAGACAAGUUAGAAAAAGACCUUGUACAAAUUGCAGUUGAAGAUUCUGUUGAUAGUGAUGAUGGUGGAAAAGCAAUCAUAAGAGAAAUGCCACCUUUUGAAGCUGAAGCUGCAAUUGCAAAUUUGGUCAAAGGGUGGACUAAAUUGAGAUUAGACAGGUUGAAAGAAUGGGUUGAUAGAAAUCUCCAACAAGAGGUAUGGAAUCCACGAGCUAAUCAAGAAGGAUAUGCUCCUUCAGCUGUUGAAGUCUUGCGAAUUAUAGAUGAAACUUUGGAUGCUUUCUUUAAUCUCCCGAUUCCAAUGCAUCCAGCUUUGCUUCCUGAUUUAAUUCUUGGCCUUGAUCGAUGUCUCCAAUAUUACUCAAACAAAGUCAAAUCCGGAUGUGGAUCAAGAAACACGUAUAUUCCCGCUCUUCCCGCAUUAACACGAUGCACAACCGAGACAAAAUUCCACGGAGUUUUCAAGAAAAAGGAAAAAACCACAACUUUACAAAGAAGAAAUUCUCAAGUCUCGACAACAAACGACAACACAUUAGGGGUCCCACAACUAUGCGUACGUAUAAACACUCUCCAAAAAAUCCGAUCCGAACUCGAAACAAUCGAAAAACGAAUCAUAACCCUUUUGCGAAAUUCCGAAUCUGCCCAUGUCUCCGACUUCUCAAACGGAUUACAAAAAAAAUUCGAACUCACACCCCCCGCAUGCCUCGAAGGCAUCCAACAACUUUGUGAAUCAACCGCUUACAAAAUCGUGUUUCAUGAUCUUCGAAACUCGUUAUGGGACAAUCUUUAUGUAGGUGGGCCCACAUGUUCCCCAAUCGAACCUUUCCUUCAAGAACUUGAACAAAAUUUAACAGUUAUUGCGGAUAAUGUGCAACACGAAAGGGUUCGAACGCGGUUAGUUGCGGAAGUAAUGAAAGCGAGUUUUGAAGGGUGGUUGUUGGUUUUACUUGGAGGUGGGCCCACGAGGUGUUUUACUAUACAAGAUUCGAGAGGGAUUGAAGAUGAUUUUAAGGCGAUUAAAGAUUUGUUUUUUGCAAAUGGUGAUGGGUUGUCUAUGGAUGUGAUUAAUAAGUUUUCGAUUGUUGUGAGAGAUGUGAUUCCGCUUUUUGGGAUGGAAACGGAUGCGGUUGUGGAGCGGUUUAGGCGGUUGACUUUGGAAGCGUACGGGUCGUCUGCUAAAUCUAGGUUACCGUUGCCUGCGACUACGGGUCAAUGGAGUUCGAAUGAUCCGAAUACGCUUUUGCGUGUUUUGUGUUAUCGAAAUGAUGAUUCGGCUUCGAAGUUUCUUAAGAAAACGUAUAAUUUGCCUAAGAAAAUUUGAUGAUUUGGUGGUGGGAAAACGGUUAGUUUGUGUAUAGUUGAUCUUCGAGUGUGUUGAAGGUAAGGUGACAUGUGGAGAUUGAUUCAUUAUUGUUGAGUGUUAAUAUAAGUUCUUGGGAUCUUUUAUUUUUUUUACUUGUGUUUUUAGGAUGGAUUUAUUGUUUUGUUUUGAUGGGAGAAUUUGUUUCUCUUUUGGGGAGAUGCUUUUCAUGGUAGGUGUAGUUGGGCGUAAAACGGUUGGUUUUAAAUUCGUGUUAGGUAUUUAUUUAUGAUUUUGUAUAGUAUUAUUAUACUUGUUAUUGGCAGCGGUUUUUGUUGCUAUAUGGUUCGAAUUAUUGGUAUGUUAAACAGUAGUUUGGAUUUUAUUUA